ACCACUAUGACGACGAUAGGGGGUGAGAGCGCCAGGGGACAUUAGUACGACGUAGGUGCACCUGCUGAAAGUAAGUGCCAGUAUCAACAGGACUCCGGACAAAAGUCCUCGUCAAUUAGUCAAAGCUCUACCAUUAAAUUCGCUUCUACUUGUUAUUGGGACUUGAACUGAAUUUCCCCUGGAUAGCACUUUGUGCUGACAUCUACCAUCACCAUCAAACUCAGCAUUGCAGUGGGAGCUAACAGAGAUCAAGGAAGAAGGGGAUUGCCACUCUCUUGUCUGUCGCCAGUCUCCUUCUGAUAUAUUUGAACCACAUCACAAGUAGGUUACGGGAAGAUGCCCGUUCAGAUACCAGACGAUACAGACUUUACCUCUUUCAAGGAACAAUGUGAAAACCACGAAGGAUGGACAGCGCGCUACAACAAGGGAAGCGUGACGGUGUGGUGCAGGGAUGAAGAGUGUAAAACUAUCCAGAAACUAAAGAUGAGGAUAGUGUGUAAGGACGUGACUGCCGAGACACUUUACGACGUCCUUCAUGACACCAGCUACCGGAAGAAAUGGGACAGCAACAUGAUCGACACCCACGACAUCGGCAGGCUCACUGUCAACGCAGACGUAGGAUAUUACUCCUGGAAGUGCCCGAGCCCCCUGAAGAACAGGGACUUUGUUACCAUGAGAUCGUGGCUUCCUCUGGGCAACGACUACCUGAUCAUCAACUACUCUGUCAAACACCCGCAAUAUCCGCCCAAAAUGGACUAUGUGAGAGCAGUGUCUCUGCUGACAGGAUACCUGAUUCAGUCCAACGGAGAAAACUCCUCCACUCUCUAUUACCUGACCCAGGUCGAUCCCAAAGGUUCCCUUCCCAAGUGGGUGGUGAAUAGAGCUUCUCAGUUCGUAGCACCAAAGGCCAUGAAGAAGAUCUACAAGGCCUGUCAGAAGUAUCCAGAGUGGAAGAGGAAGCACAACCCUAACCUGAAACCCUGGAUUUAUCCCGAGCAGAACACCUUACCGUGUAUUAACGUGUCUGACCUUGUGCUACAGAGAGCCGACUCACUGGAGAACAUUGAUGAGAGCCGCCUGACGGAGGAGAAACAAGCACAACGUCACAGCGAUGACGAAGAGACCUAGGCUAACUCUGAGUGAAGACACUGUUUGUAUAUAUUUGUGUGGCUGUGUUUUCAAAAUGGCACCCUAUUCCCUAGAAAAUAACAGUAAAAGAAAAAAAGAAAAAAAGAGAAGUGUAUUACAUUUGUGCAGGGCCCAUAAGACUCUGGUCAAAAGUAGUGAACUAUAUAGGAAAUAGGGUGCGAUUUGGGACACACCCUCUGUGUUGGGUUUGGUGUGUGCGUGUGUUUCCGUGUGAGUGUGUGUUUGUGUGUGUGUGUGUGUGUGUGUGUGUGUGUACAGUACAAAUAUGUAAAUGUACAUGUAUGAUUUACUAUAAUUUGGAUCUGCAACUUUUGUCUUGUUGCAUUUAGUUGGUAAUUGAUCUAUAACUUAUUGAAUCAGAGGGGUUUAACAGGGUAUUUUCAUAUAGGAAAAAAAUAGACAACGUAUGCACGGUGCUAUCCUUCCAUUAAAUGGUAUAAUAUCGAAUUUAUGAUAAUAAUGUAAAAAUGUGUCUAUUUCAAAACAAAUUUCAAGACAAUAUUUAAAUAUUUCAAGACCCUAACAUGUUUUUUUCUUCUUUUCAUAUUCAUGUUUGAUUCGACUUCAGCUUUCAUUUGAAGUGUUAUACCAUAGCCAUUGCCAAUAGAGAAAAUAGCCUAUCAUGCAGCCUACUUACUACCGUAUAUUUCCUGGCAUCUAGUGCCUCCCAGUGGCAGUAAUAGGUCAUAACAUUUCCUCAUCGCCCAGUGUUUGGAAGCCGUGAGCGUUUAGAACAGUGUUUCACGAACUCGGUGCACGUUUUGGUUUUUCCCCCCUAGCACUACACAGCUGAUUCAAAUAAUCAACUAAUCAUCAAGCAUUGAUCAUUUGAUUCACCUGUGUAGUGCAAGGGUAAAAACAAAAACGUGCACCGAGUUUCAGGGAAAACGCUGGGUUAGAACAAUGGAAUGUUGUCAGUUUGUUAGGAAGUGAAUUAGCAUAAUGCACCAAGACAAGUGUGCUUUUGUACAGUGAAUGGCCCACUGAGACUCCUAAUGACAGUCACAGGGGAGGAGAGAUGGCAGCAUAACAACGCCCGAGGGAAUUUUAAAAAACCUGUCUGACCCUUAAAAGGAAUGAUUAUAAUCUGUUAUAGCUUGUUAUAACCGUAGGGGUCAUAAAACUGUUAAAAAGGUCAUUACCUCAGUUAUACGUUGGUCUUGCCUGUCCUGACUGAAUUUCAAACAUUUUGUCUUUCUGCAUAAAGUUAUUAUUAGUGAUGCAGUUUUACUUCAAUUCUAAUGGUCUUUUGGUAGGAUUUUCAGACAUGUUUCCAAAAUGGAGAGACAUCAUGUUCAUAGCAACGCACGCGUUAAAUAAAGAGAAGUUGUCUCCUGAUUUUAAGACCUUCGCGGCUGAUGCUCCUGAUUCCUAAUCAUCAUUUCCAAGUACAAGUUCCCAUUUUAACUGCAAUGUUUGUUUUUCUCCGUCGAUAAGGAACGUUUAUGUGCGACUGUAUCCCUUUUCAGACUUAAAAAUGCAGCUGGGGGCCAAUCCUCAGAAUCUGUAUUGUCUCAGGCACUUCCUGUUUCCCCAAGGCUACUUCCUGUCCCAUUUCCUGUCCGCAUCAGUCAGAUUGUUUUUGAGGGAAAGGAAACUCCACUGUUGUCUAGAUUUCUCACACAACACAAAAGCUUCUCUUUGAUUGUAGAACUCGUAUUAAAAUGUCUUUCAUUUUGAGUGAUCUUUGAGAAUUAAAGAGUGCGAUGUUAGUUACA